UCUCGCUGCGUGCACCCGCAUUUUACGGAUGCGAAAUCCGUCCGUGCGACUAACAAAUCGGUUUGACAAUUGGCGAGGAUCACUAUCGAUCCCCCGGAAAUCACAUGCGAGCUCUUGGCGGGUGAUGAAAUUCGUGGAACCCGUUCUGUGUGUGUGAUAUAUACAAUAUAUAUUGAUUCCCCAUCGGCAACUGAAUCAUCCGUCUGUCUAUAUACGAGAUAGCACCCAAAACUAUUCGAGCUGCGUGGGGCGAUUCACCAUCUCCGCACCACGAUGACGAAGGACCAGCAGGCGACGCCCAUUCCCGAGGAGCUGUACAACCUCACCAAGCUGGCGGAGGUCACUCUGGCGGCGGGUCCCAUGAUCACCGCCAACCUGCUCGCCUCCUCGGACGACGACUCCAACUACUACAGCCACAAGGUGUUCGACCGCAGGAAAAUGCGGUGGCGCCCCAUCUCCGACUCGCAUUCCUGCACCGGCAGCAGUGCCAGCUCCACGUCCAGCCUGCACUCCGCGGAGGACCAUGCCGCGGAGCACCUGCAUCCGGAGCCGGAGCAGGGCGAGAUCCUCAGCGCUAGUUCGCUGCUGGAGGAUGAGCACAUCUGCCCGGAGUGCGGCAAGAAGUAUUCCACCUCCUCCAACCUGGCACGCCAUAGACAAACCCACAGGUCAAUCAUGGACAAGAAGGCGCGCCACUGUCCCUACUGCGAGAAGGUGUACGUUUCCAUGCCGGCCUACUCGAUGCACGUGCGCACCCACAACCAGGGAUGCCAGUGUCAGCACUGCGGCAAGUGCUUCUCCAGGCCGUGGCUCCUCCAGGGCCACAUCCGCACCCACACCGGCGAGAAGCCCUUCAAGUGCGGCGUCUGCGAGAAGGCCUUCGCCGACAAGAGCAACCUGCGCGCCCACAUCCAGACCCACUCCAACACCAAGCCGCACACCUGCGCCCGCUGCGGCAAGGCCUUCGCCCUCAAGUCCUACCUCUACAAGCACGAGGAGUCCUCCUGCAUGAAGAACCGCACUGGGGUCUCGGGAUCGGGAUCGGGUUCCCUCUCCACUAACCGACCGCCCACUUCGCCCAAGCGACAGCAGUCGGAGAUGGGAGGCAGCUCCAGUUCGGGAUUGGGUCCUGGAUCACCUGUCACAGUGUGUGCUGCUCCUGACUCUGCCAAGUCCACGUUGGCCAAUAAACUGCUGCAGAAGGAGAAGGAGCGCCGGCAGGCUGCAUUGGCCUUCCAUGGCUAUCCAGGUGGUCCGGAGGUGACUGCCUAUGGCCAGGAGGAGUACGAGAAGUUCAAGCGGAUCAAUGUGAUCCAGCCCACGGCGCUGCCCCACAGGAUACCCGGUCUCUACCAGGAGCUGCACCCCAAUCCCCACCUGCCGGUGCCGCUGGGAUUGCCCUUGGCCCUGCCCUACCACUUUCCGGGGCAGGCCACGCCCACCCAGGGAUCAGGAGGGAUGUGCAGCACCACGCAGGAACAGCCCGUGGACUUCUCGCCCAAGAACAACUUCACGCACUCGGCCAAGACGAGUCCCUUCGAGCUGACUGGGAACUAUGCCAUGGUGGCAUAGGACGUCCACAAGGGGACACCACGCAAAAGACACCGGAGAGAACGAGAGCAGGAGACCUCCUUCAAUGCCCAAAUACCCAAGUACCCAAUUACCCAAUUAUCCAAUUAUCCAAUUACCCACUUUACCAAAUCCAAGCAAAGCCCACCCGAAACCAGGCCACUUUCUUACUGUAGUCAACGAAUAUGUGAUAAAAAUGCAAAAGAGCUAAAGUACCAUUAGAGAGUAGAUGAUUCCAGAGCGAGGAGGACGUUCUCGAGAGGAGGUGACUCCGAGGUUAUACACAGUAGAUGUUUAGAGAGACACGGUUGGACCGAUCCCCGACGGAUCGCUUGAUCUUCACUUAGAUGUAACAAGAGACUUCUUAGAGACUUGCCAAGAACAGCGACAAAAAACCAAUGUAACCAGUAUUUUUUUAUAGCACAUACGACCAUCGAUCGAAGAGCGAGAGAUAUAGCAUCCCAGAUCCGAUCGAACACCGCAGCAAAGCUACAAACUACAAAACUUUACACAUACUCAUCUAGCAUUAUGAUUUUACAAUGAACUAGGCAUAUCCAAAGAUAACCACUUACUAACCCAUUAACCACUUCGCAUUAAGGCAUCGAUCGACUUCCUGCUUCCGGCACGGAAGUCGCUCCAAACGAGAGAAUUUCUAGUCUUUAUCUGUAAAUUCAGCGCACACAUUUGGCGAACGGAGACGGGGGUUCCCCGAUCCCCAACCUCCUUGUGGCACUUGUGUGCGUGACGUUAUUUUAAGCACUUUACGGCCGCAUGUGGUGCAAUAAUUGACAUAACUGUAACACUAAUUAGCCCCUACCACAUCGCACAGAAAUCUGUAUAUUUUUAUCUUACGAUUCGGAGAGAUCGCCCAUUUAUUGUACACUUACCAUCUAGUUAGUUAUCGAGAGACAGACCCCCACUGCAUUUCGCAUACUCAGCCCCCAAUCGACUCGAUCAACUCCGACUCGACCUACAGCUAAUCGCACCAAAGAUACUUACUUUUAGAUGCAUACUACCUUUAUAUACUCUUACUUACCAUAUACACCAAAAGUUAUAUAUACACAUAUAUAUGUACUCGUACACGUAGCUCUAAAUUGUAUUAUAGACUUGCACUUUAAUUCGAAUUAAAAGAGAGAUCCACUGAUCCCCGAGAAA